GCCGCUCGGGCCGCGGCGGGGCGGGGCGGAGCUCCCUACCCGCCCGCCUUUGGUUCCUCUACUGCGCAUGGCACGUUGCGUACUUCCCUCCCAGCCACUGGCCUGGUGGCGGCGCGGCCAUAAACUAAAGAGGCGGAGCUGUGACCGGGUCGGGUCUGCGUGCUGACUCCAGGACCAGGUGGGGAACCUGGGGCCCAGGUGUCGGUUUGUCCUGCUCAAGCAAAGAGACGGCAGAUCCUAGUGCUCACCUCUCCUCCCACCACAUCCCCGUGUCACCCCGGGCUGAGCAGGCAGCGGGUCAAGCCCCCGUUAAGGACAGAGAUCCAGGUUUAAAUUUUUGCAAUUGAAGUAGGUCUACACGUUAGGAACUCAUGUCUUUUCUUGUAAGUAAACCAGAGCGAAUCAGGCGGUGGGUCUCGGAAAAGUUCAUUGUUGAGGGCUUAAGAGAUUUGGAACUAUUUGGAGAGCAGCCUCCGGGUGACACUCGGAGAAAAACCAAUGAGGCGAGCUCAGAGUCGAUAGCAUCCUUCUCUAAACAGGAGAUCAUGAGUAGCUUUCUGCCAGAGGGAGGGUGUUAUGAGCUACUCACCGUUAUAGGCAAAGGAUUUGAGGAUCUGAUGACAGUGAAUCUGGCAAGGUACAAACCAAUGGGAGAGUAUGUGACGGUACGAAGGAUUAACCUAGAAGCUUGUUCCAAUGAGAUGGUGAUGUAUUUGCAGGGGGAGCUUCAUGUCUCUAAACUCUUCAGUCAUCCCAAUAUCCUGCCAUAUCGAGCCACCUUCAUUGCAGACAACGAGCUGUGGGUUGUCACACCAUUCAUGGCUUAUGGUUCUGCAAAGGAUCUCAUCUGUACUCACUUCAUGGAUGGCAUGAACGAACUGGCGAUUGCUUACAUCCUGCAGGGGGUCCUCAAGGCCCUAGACUACAUCCACCACAUGGGAUAUGUACACAGGAGUGUCAAAGCAAGCCACAUUCUGAUCUCCGCGGAUGGGAAGGUCUACCUGUCUGGUCUACGCAGCAACCUCAGCAUGAUCAGCCAUGGGCAGCGGCAGCGUGUGGUGCACGAUUUUCCCAAAUACAGUAUCAAGGUUCUGCCUUGGCUCAGCCCGGAAGUCCUCCAGCAGAAUCUUCAGGGUUAUGAUGCCAAAUCUGACAUCUACAGUGUGGGAAUCACAGCCUGUGAGCUGGCCAAUGGCCACGUCCCCUUUAAGGAUAUGCCUGCCACCCAGAUGCUGCUGGAGAAACUGAAUGGCACGGUGCCCUGCCUGUUGGACACCAGCACCAUCCCCGCUGAGGAGCUGACCAUGAGCACCUCACGCUCGGUGGCCAACUCUGGCCUGAGUGAGAGCCUGGCCACCAGCACCCCCAGGACCUCCAAUGGUGACUCGCCAUCCCACCCCUAUCACCGCACCUUUUCCCCCCACUUCCACCACUUUGUGGAGCAGUGCCUGCAGCGCAACCCGGAAGUCAGACCAAGUGCCAGCACCCUCCUGAACCAUUCUUUCUUCAAGCAGAGACUCUUGGCUCCAACAGCCCAUCUGUCGUGGCACCAUGGUUCCUUGCCCCAUGGUGUCCUGGGACCCAGAACAACAGGAUCCACCCCCAACUCUCUCUCCUCCUCCAGAUCAAGCGACGUGCCUCAGAGGCUUUGCCUGAGUUACUUCGUCCUGUCACCCCCAUCACCAGUUUUGAGGGCAGCCAGUCUCAGGAUCACAGUGGAAUCUUUGGCCUGGUAUCAAACCUGGAAGAGCUGGAGGUGGACGACUGGGAGUUCUGACCUCUGAAGAGUGUGCACCUUCUCCAUCCCGGGCUAUAUGAGUCUCCAGGGGCCCUGCCUGAGGGCUGGCCACAUUCCCACCCUCCUGGGUGCAGACUGGGAAGAAAGGACAUUUCUGCCAAGAGAGUUACCUGCUUACUGACUGGAAAAGAAAUUCUGGAGAGAAACUUUUCUUUACUACUCCAAGGCUGUUGAGACACAAAGGGAAUCCCAACAACCCUGGAUCGGGAGGGGCCAGAAAGCUGACAUUCCCAAUUCUGCAGCUCAGGUGACCUCUUCAGAAGGAAGAGAUGCUGUUCUGGCCCUGGGGGCUGAAGUCCAAGCCCAGGGUUUGACUCCUCAGCCCAGGGAACUGUGUGACUUCCUCUUCCCACUCUUGCUCUCCUAGCAGCGUAAUCCCAUUCUUUCCCUCUGCUCUCAGAUCCUAUAGUUCCAUCGAGGGGCAGGCAAUAAGCAACCUGUCCCUCCUCCCCUCAGACCUCCCCUAAUAAUUGAAGACAAGGGUAUUUUUUCUUUUUAAGCACCAGGUUCAGGCUGAGGCAGUCCAUCCUGAUCCUUCUUAGCGCUUGGGCCCUGACACCUGAAACCUUCCCAUAGGUCAUCGCUGUAGCUCAUUCCUUUCCCACUGAGGGUCCAUCUUACUGCCUCCUGCCAGCUGCUCUGGUGCUUUCUCCAAGGGCCAUAAUGUCUUGCCCAGCCUGUGGGCUUAAGUCCUUAGUUUCAUUGCCAGAACAAGUUAAAAUUUUCAGAGAAUCCAUUGGAGAGUGGCAUUGUUGUGUGUUGGCCAUAUAUGCUCAGACAUGAGUCAUUCCACCCUGGUUCCGCCAUCCAAGAGUGGUCCCAGGAGUACCUGUGGAAGCGCAGCAGUGACCUCUUUCAUUAGAUAGCCUCACCACACACCGAUUUCUUUUAAAACCCAUAAUAGACUUGUCUCAACUAUCAAAAAUUUUAACUUAAUUUUAGCCUAUGGCCAUCAAACUGCUUUGGGGCUGCAAAGGUCUAGAUGCCAGAGACCAGCCCCUGGGUCUGCCAGGACCACUUCUGGGCCACUAGGAAUCCAGGCAGAAGAGGCUCACCUUUGGCAGGACAGGAGUGGGGAGGGUUUUGUUUAGUAACAUGGCAUGCGGUGUCCCCUUACCAUUGGCACUAAUACCCAAAGAGCAAGCAACCGAAGAACCAGACCUGCCCCCUCCGCUGUCAUUCCUGGCUGGCGGCCAGUGAGUCCUGGCCAGGUGGUGACUCUAACCUCGCCGCCUCCAAGGUGCUCCUCGGCCUGCGCGGGCACCAGCCCGGCCCCUCCCGCUGCUGGUCCCUCAGGGGUGAGGGGCCUCCUGCUCAGGCACUUCGCCUGUCAGAUUAAGGAAGUGCCCCUCCUUCCCUGAAGCUGCUUUGAACCAUCAAAUGCCGUUACUUUCCUAUGUCUCAGAAAUUGUAACACCAGUUUAAAAAAGAAUAAUAAAAAACCUUCCUUUGGGC